AUGUGUGAACGCUAUACCUUUGGUUUCUUCCGUAUCACCGUGUCCAACCUCGUAGCGACUCUCAUCAAGUCAUUCAUUGAAGCAAGCCAUUACCCCCAUCGAGUCUGGCAAGCUGGCCAAAAAGUCGCAGUCUUGGAGCGCCGGCCUAAAUUGGUAUCUGCAAGUUCAUGGACGACUAGUAUGCCGUUUCAUGAGUACAUGACCUCUCGUUUUGCGCAGGGAUCUCAAGCUCGGGUAAGCCAGUACCAUGGCAACUGCGCCAAUCUUUCGGAAAAUGCGCCUUUGGUGAUGGGACCCCUGGCUUGUGUCUUUCAUCUUGAGACAAGGGAGGUAGGGAAAAACAUCGAGGAACGCUUUGAUGAGACAAGACAAUGA